AUGAUGUCCCAAUCUUCCAAAUUGAAUUCAAUUGUUAUAAUUGGAGCCGGCGUGUUCGGCCUCUCUACUGCCCUGGAGCUCUCCGAGCGUGGCUACACUAAUAUCACCGUUUUUGAUCGUCGACUCCCUCCUGUUCCCGAUGGUUCUAGCGUCGAUGUGUCUCGUAUCAUUCGUCCCGAUUAUGCCGACGUAUUCUAUGCUCGAAUGGGCCUAGAUGCCAUGAAAGGAUGGAACGCCGAAUAUGCACAGUUUUUCCACCGCAGUGGUCUUUUGUGCGCGCAAUCGAAAGGUUCUACCGAGCAUUCAUACCUCGAUCAAUCUAAGCAGAAUUUGGAGAGCUUAGGGGCUAGCGUCACCAUUCAGACUUUUCAAGGCAAUGAAGCGACGGAGAGGCAUCCAGGAAUUCAUGGCGAUCUGUCAGACAUGCAAGGGUACUGGAACACCGAGUGUGGAUGGGCCGAUGCAGAGGGGAGUAUUACGCACCUGGCCCAGAAGUGCUCGCAGGCUGGCAUAUCCUUCUUGACAGGAAAAUGCGGAACUGUCAACAACCUCAUCAUCAAAACUGGUUCAACGAAGAGCAGGGUGGUGGGGGUGAGAACGGCGGCAGGGACGAGCGUCUCUGCGGAUACCGUGAUCCUGGCCACGGGUGCCUGGACGCCAUACUUGAUUGACACUGGUAAUCGGACAAUUUCGACGGGUCAGCCGGUUGCCUUUGUGCAGCUCACUCCCGAAGAAGCAAAGGAGAUGCAGAAUUGUCCCGUCAUGAUCAACCUGAGCACAGGAUGGUUUGCCUUCCCUCCUACCCCCGGCACCAAUCUGUUGAAAAUGGCCCGUCAUGGCUAUGGGUUUGAAACGACCACCCACUCGCCACAUCGACAGUCCGAUUCUUCUUUCUCUGCCCCCAAGAUGUCUUCUCAAUCACCUUUCCUACCGGCAGACGCAGAAAAGUCUUUGAGGGAAGGUCUGGCUUUGUUCUUGCCGCGGUUUAAGGAUCGUCCGUUCGUCCAGCGUCGGUUAUGCUGGUAUACCGAUACUCCUAAGGGAGAUUUCAUCGUGGACUAUCAUCCGGAACACGACGGCCUGUUCCUGGCAACGGGCGGAAGUGGACAUGCCUUCAAGUUCUUACCUGUGCUGGGCCGCUAUGUGGCGGACAGUUUCGAGCGAAAAGCGUCGCAGGAGCAACGGGAUAAAUGGGCAUGGACGGCAACUGCUAACCGUAUUUCGAAGGGCGAUGGCAGCCGAGGAGGACCUCCGAGACGAGUGCUUCUUCCUAAGGAACAGGCUCGCCUGUGAAUGUUGGACACCGAUGAAGGUCCGUGCAUGAUCGCGAGAUUGUAGUACAGGAAGCUUGUUUUGAAAAUAGGACGGGGAAGGGGGAAAAAAAAGAAAUAAUAAUUAGAAAGAGGAAACUCCAAUAGUGGCAUACUUCGCUGGGCAAUCGGUUCUAUUUCGAAAAACUCCGGGAUUUCUCGAGUUGUUGUACAAAAUACUACGUCAGUUGCACGUUGAGCCCUUCUGUCGCAUUCACCUUUCCUACCCCGUCAACUCUCAACUUUCACAUUCCCCUUUCAGUCCCUCGACCUCACCCAUCACGGAGAGUCCCCGUUUCCUCGCCGUCUAGUAUAUAUGACCUGAGACAUAUUUUCAAUCCAUCGCUACAUUGUUUCUAUCGCAUCCUGCCCAACC